AUGUUGACUUGCUUUUGUCCUCUAACUGAAGUUUCUCAGCACCAUCAUGGUGGACAUACCCUCCCCCAUUCUUAUGAUCCAUGCCCUGAGUUUUCGUUUGAAGUGCCUGAUCCGAGGACUUCUGCCGCUGCAAAAUCAAAUUAUGGAGCUCUCUUGGCGCCUGCGAUUAAGGAAAUCGAAAUUCUCGAUUCACAAGUAGUGUUUUGGAAUAAUCAUAUGAUAGCUCAUUGA